AUGGGCUCCUGUAUAUACAAAGUUCUGGCGCCCAGUCCAGAUUCAUCCAUUUGGUUCACAGAGGUUUCAGUAAACAACGAAACUUUCAACAAAGAGAAAGGCGUUUCAGUCACGUGUUGUGCCACUGUAACAAUCAGCGUGGUUAUUAGUAAUAAAGCAGAUAUAUCGUACAAAAACAUGUCUUUACGAUUUGAGCCGUACCAGGACCACGCGAAUGGCUAUCGUGCGAGCGAACUAAAUGGUAAAGUGGCCUGGAUCGGAGAUUUGUCAUCGUGCGAAAACGAGGUUGUCCGCGGAACAUCAUUUCAACAUUCAUGUUCUUUUGUGUUUUUCUACGCUGGAGAGUACUUGAUUGACAUCACCUGCACGGCAGACGACAAUAACACAAAGGACAUCCUGUCUGCGCGAGACAAACCAGCCGCUUGCAAAUGGACAUUUUCUCCUCCAUUAAAGAUUCAAGUCACAACUUAGACGGAAUAAUAGGUGCACCUGCUAACGCGUGUCAGAUAUGCGAUAGACUGAGGAAAGAGUGAGCCAAGAUUACCAUACAAUUUCAAGCGAAGUCUGCAUAGGAAAUCUUUGUAAAACAAACGACCAGACUGUGGAAAGACUAUCUAUUUAAGCACUGACAAUGCGUUUUGCAUAUGGAAAUGUUCUGUAAAAAGUUAUUUUUGUAAAUUCCUAAAUGUAUCGGAAAGGARCUGAAAAAACAUCGAGUACACGGAGAGUAACAUUUUAGUUGUGCAGAAGUAAAUAUUUACAAAGAUUCUCUGUGCGGAACCGCUGUCGUACUCCAAUCGCGAGCGUCGCGAGUUAAUUGAUAAAUAAUGGCGAGUCAGUCGCAUUAAAAAUGAUGGGCACCUUUGUUCGAGCCCACGAGGUGAUAUGUACAUUKCGUCUUUGAUCGAACAUUCGAAGGAGGACCACGUGUUUUAGGCGUGACCUCUUGAAUUCCUAACAAAAGGAGUUUCUUUUUGAUUCACUGAACGAACAAUUGUUUUAACAAAUGUGCAAAUUGGAUUAAAACCGCCGUUUGGCGUAUAUUUUUACGUAGAGGAUUAACUGAAAUGGGAAUCACACAAAAUUGUAUUAUAAUUUGAAUGAUAAUAAUAAUAAAAUCUAUCACGGGAA